UGCUUAUUUCUAGCUACUUUCUUACACUUGUUUCAAUUGAAAUUGGAAUCUGGGUUGUUAUAUUAUCCAAAUUGUUGGAAUAUGAAUCGGGUCAAGUGGAUCAAAAUCGUAUUUCUUUGCCUGUUUGGAUGUGAAACAUGAUUUCAUUUGAUGCUGCAGCAAAAGAUUGUUAUCAAGGUAUCAAUGCACUGUGACAAAUGCCGGACCAAGGCCCUGAAGAUUGCUGCUGCAGCAGAUGGUGUGAUAUCAGUGGGAUUGCAUGGUCCAGAGAAAGAUAAACUGAUGAUAGUUGGAGAUGGGAUUGAUGCAGCCUGCUUGACUGAGUCCUUGAGAAAAAAGCUUUCCCAUGCAAGCUUAGAGAUGGUGGAAGAAGUGAAAGACAAAAGCGUGGAAGAGAAGAAAGGUGCAGGAAAAAAAGAUGGAGAGAAGAAAGGCCCACAAUUACCCACAACUACAAUUGUAUGCUGUCCACAGCCUCAGCUAGAAUACUUCGCAGUGGUCACUGAGCCCAAUCCAGGCCCUUGCACUAUGUUGUAAUGAUAGAACAGACAGACACCAAAUGGCAUCAUCACCUUAAGGUCUCAUGCCUUCAUCCUUACUUCAAACUUCUCAUUGUUUCUUCCCAGCAGUAACUCAACAGGUUUGAUUCUGUCGGAUGCUGAGACCCCUGCAGAUUUCUAUGUUCACUUGUUUCAGAUUAAGUAUUCACCAUAGUUUCCUUACCCACAAACAAUUGAGAAUCAGAUCGAUGUUUAUUAAGAUUAAGAUCAUCUUUAUCAUCAGAAUCAUCAGCUCUUGUGGCUCCAAACAACAAAAAGUUUAAAAUUUUCCAUAUCAGUAGCAUUCAGUCCAUAUUACGAUGAGAUUUUUCUUCCCAUUUUUCAUGAUUUCAUCACUAUAAAUCAAUGAGUAAUAACAGGAACAAGUUUGUUACGGUA